UAAUCCUAGUUACCAUUAUUUAUUUUAUAUCUCGAAUUUAAUGUGGUAGUGGUCCGUUUUUUUUAAUAUAUUCAAGUUUACAUUAUAUUUAUUGAUUAACUUAAGUUUAUGUUACACUAUUUUGACUAAAACUUCUUCGCGUCUUAUGUGUUUAUCAUUGGCUCGAUUUAUUUCCGUCACUUUUUAAAUCAAAAUCUGCGUCUUAUUAGCUCCUCACUGGGCACGUCAUUUCUCAACAACUCGGCGAUCCUCAUGUCGCUUCUUUCGUAGUUAACAUCGUUCAUCUUGUUGUCGUCUUCGUUGACUGGUUUACGUGGUUUGAGCUUCGUUGUCCAUUCCCACAUAUAUAUUAUUGAUCAGUAUAAAAAGCGAAGUCUGAUAAUCUGUCUAUCCCUGAAAGCUUAUAAGCUAAUAGAGCUAGGAAGUUGAGAUUAAGUCAGUGUAUUCUUGAGAUGCCAGCGCUCCUUAUAAUGGAACCUCUUUCCGGCCACGCCCACUCUUUCGCCCACCGAGCUCGAAAGACGGGUUUGCUUUGGCGAACAUAAUAUUAAAAUGUAUGUCUUUGUUUGACUUUGUAUAAUAUUUCUAGUUUUUAUCUAUUUAUUUACCAAAGAUUUUUCAAAUCGAAACAUUGUUUCGCUAUUUAUACAGAUAUGGAGGUUAUCAGGCCUAACAUAGACAAUGACGUCACCAUCAGUUACUCAACAUGCUCUUUCUGACAAAAGGUGGCGCUUUGUCCACUUUUACUACCAAAAUAAAUAGUUUAAAAUUUUAUAAAACAGUAUCGGUUAUCUUAUUGUGGCGGAACUCGAUUAUGGCGCUUCUUUUUGUUUUGUAACUUUAAAAGUGACUCUUAAGAGAAAGUUAUGGAGGAGAGAUGGUUAGGCUGUCGUAAAAUCAAAUUUUUUACGGCGUAUUGAGCUUUGUGCAAUAAAUUUUAUACGAUACAUUUGCUUAUGAGAAAAGGAAAAUCAUGAUCUUUCAAAGACUUCUGUCCCAUGUCAUUAAUGACUAGUUGAGUAAAAGUGAUAUGUUUUCAAUUUUUUAAGUGACAAACAGGUUUAAUGAUAUGUACUGCAUGUCUUCGACAUUAAUGAUACAAUAAUGAAAUUUUCACUACCUUAGAAAUAAUAAGCUUUUCGACAUUUUUUGGCUAUAGUAAUUGUUUUUGGGCUUUUAACCUGGUUGAUAUGGGCAUUUAUUACAUAUUCGACCCUGCAGUAAGUGGACAUAUAAGAUUCAUGGUUUUGAAUAAUAAAGUUGUAGCCGUAUAUGCGAUUUGCUACGAUGAAUUUCACUAUCAUAUUUCUAUUAGUUCUGUUGAGCUAAGUUUAAUUUGGAAACGUAUGUAUUGCUUUACUUAUGUAUACGCAAGAAAUAAGAGAAACAACAUUGUUUCGCUCAAAUUUAUAUAAACUUAACUUCGUUGAAUAUGUCCAAUUAAAAUUUAAAAUGUAUAAAAAUAGCGUUCCUACUAACCCUUAUUAUGUUAGCGAAAUUAAAAAUAGUUCGAAUAAGAACUGACGUCAUGCACAACUUCACUAGACCCAUUUGUGGUUGGGACCGUAUAAAGCAUAUUUGUGUUUAAUUUUAAUUAUAUUGCUGUCAAAAGCUGUAUAUCAAAUAUGAUUUCAAAUACACCGAGGAAUCGUAAAUGAAUUAUAUCUUAACCAAUUAAACUAUUUUAUCAAAUAUAGAAGAUAUAAUGCCUUAUUUUCAUUUUUGGGUAUUUUUUAAAAAUAUCACUUCAGAUUUGAUAACUAAAAUGUGCUUUUGUGCCGUAAUGAACUGAAAGCGACUCUCACUUUCAAACAGAGUAAACAAGUUCCAUUGUGGUGUGUUUCUCGGCAUGUUGGGAAAUGGUGCUUAUGGUUGAUUAUUGGCUGCACUUUAAGAGAAACACAGAAGUUUCACCAAACGAGUUAGUCGCUUUUUUAUACUGAAAAGACUAAAACAGAAUUAUAAUAUACAAUAAAAAAUUAAACAGAAUUUUAUAUGAAAUAGUAAUGAGCUAUCUACUUUUAUUUCAGUCAUAUCUAAACUUUCGGCUAUGCUUAAAGUCUUAUUUAAAUUUGCUGACAAUAAAAACUGAGUAACAUGGAAAAUAAAUAAUUUUAGACAUUCUAAUAGUUGAUAGUCAUGGCAGCAUUUCAAAUAAUGUUCUGGGGCCAAAUAUUGAGCAGUAAAUUGGCUCUAGUACUGACGUGUUAUUUUUUUAUAACUACUCCAUAUGUAUUACCAAGUGCAAACGCAACUAGCUUUAAUGGGCCAUCGAGAGCUCUAGCAGGAAAUGAAAAUCAUCGUUUACCGCGUACAAGUGCUAGCCAGCUGGGUAUUGGAAAUAGUGACACUACAAAUUUUAAGCUAAAUGCAAAAUUACUAAAUACGACCAGAAACGGCACCAUGCGCUUAAGAGAACAGCAGUUACUAAAUAUAUUUGAAAUUAUUGUAACGACCCUUGAAGGAAAACUAAAACGUAUUGACUCUCUUGAUGAAAGAAUCCAACUUAUAAUUGAAAAAAUGGAAACGCUGCAGGGCCAGGUUGUUAACAAUUUAGAAAAAACUGAUUUCAUUAUAACUCAAACUCAAAAUAUAAAAAAAUCGAUUUCAAAUGAUAUUUCUGAUUUUCAAACACCGUACUUAGAUGUUAUCAACCAAACCACAAAUCGCGCAAUUAAUUCAUCAACAAUACUCAAAGAGCAAAUUGCAAAGUUAGAUCGAAAGGUAUCUAAUAUAGAUAAUAAACUAGAUGGUCUUAAAGUCCAAAUAGAUAACAAAAUUUUCCAUGUUGAAGACUAUAUGGGCGAAGCUAGUGAAAAAAAGCCUGUCACAAUAAAUGAAAAUGACUUUAAAAAAGCAUUGAGCAUUGAAGCUAUGACACAUGUUUCAUCUGAAUUAAGCGAGCUCCGUGAUUCAACUGAUAGCAUAGAUAAGAAGUUACAGUUUCACAUAAAUAUAAUUUCUGAAAAUAUUGGAAAAAUGAUGAAUAUGAUAAAUGAAAUUCAUUUGGCUGUUGUUGCUAAUAACAAACAAUUUAAACCUUUAAACUUAACAGCUGUGCAACCAUCGACAAAAUCGAACAAACUGGACGUUCUAGCAAAACAUAUGAGACCAAUGGUUGCAGUAUCUGAAAAAAUUGAUGAAGUUUGGGACGUCGUGGUAGACACAAAGUCAACUGUGGACAACCUUCUUCCUAAGUCCGCUGCUCUUCUAACGCAAACACAACGCCAAGAACGUGCAAUAGAUGAAAUUCAUCAAGAUCUUAAAAGCAAAACCAACUUAAUUAUAAACAACCUCGAUAUGGUUGAAAAAAGAUUAAAGAAACAGGAAGAUUAUGUCCAAAUUUUAGCUAAUCUUCCUGAGCCCUCUGUGCAUACAAUAAACCAAAUAAAUGACAGUUUUUUGGGAUAUGACUCGAAUAACUACUCUGUUAUUAAUGAAACCAUAAGAAGGGCAAAACCGUCUUUGCCACUCUCUUACAUUCAACCAUCCAUAGUGACCACCAUUACACCCUUACCAUUUACUUCUUCAACUGGAGAUAUGUUGGUUCCGUUACAUUCAUCGCCAUUUAGCAAUAAUGUCACUCACAACAACGGAUCUGUGAUCAAUGGAUUAAAAUCAGCAAUUCGAAAAGAUGGAAUUAUUUUUCCAAGCAUAAAAAAAAAACCGGCUAUUCUAAAUACAACGGUAGCCAAUGAGUUUUUAUCUCUAAAGGAUUUUAAAAAACAUUUUUCGGAUUGUCGACUCUCUAUUGGACUCCGGAACCAGACGGCGAAUGUGAGCCAGAAUCUGCGAAGGCUUAAAGUCGGAAGUUCCUUCUCAUAG